AUGGCAGCAGUAACCAAUUCUGCUAUAUCAAGUGUGCCUACUAAGAUAGAGAUUGUUGACAAACUAAAGGCAAGCAGUGGAAAUGUUGGUACCACAUAUGGUCUCUCAGACCAAGUUACUCUUCUUCAACAUGAUUCCGCAUUUGCAUCACUAGUUGGCGAAGCCCCGUCACAUGCACUCCUAUUUUCUACUGCUGGAUCAACCAACAACCCUUUCUUUCACGAAGCCUGUGUUUUGCUACCCGACCAUGAUGAACUCUAUGUCACAUCAAACCUCCUACAAGCUACCAGUUCCGCAAACUUCCCAACCAUUCUGAUAUCUAGAAUUAAGCUCCAUCGAAAUGACGACGGGAGUAUCAAAUCUGCUGAGUGGGCUAAAAUGCGUCCACCACCAGGCAUUGACAUGCCGAAUGGUGGUGUUAAUUAUCAAGAUGGUAUUCUAUUUUGUGCUCAGGGGAAUAGAAGCGCAGGCUCAGGUGGUAUUUAUCAUAUGCCCAGAUCUUCACCCCCGAAACCUAUGGUGACGAACUUUCAUGGAAGACAUUUCAAUUCUGUAAACGAUGUGGUGGUGGCUAAAGAUGGUAGCAUAUGGUUCACAGAUCCAUGUUAUGGAUGGGAGCAAGAUUUCCGAUUAAAGCCUAAACUUCCUUGUCAAGUAUAUAGAUUCGAUCCUAUUACGGGAGAUAUUAGAGUUGUGGCAGAUGGCUUUGGUAGACCAAAUGGAAUUGCUUUCUCGCCGGACGAGUUAGUGGUUUAUAUUACGGAUACAGAUCAAAUCCACGGAGAUGGAAACGAGGAUUUAACGCGUCCUGCAACAAUCUAUGCUUUUGAUGUUCACAUGACAUCAGGCGCGCCCUUCCUCAUAAACCGAAGAGUUUUCGCGUAUGCAGUUGAUGGCUUCCCAGAUGGCAUCAAGUGUGAUGUUCACGGUAAUGUAUACUCCGGCUGUGGUGAUGGCGUGGAAGUCUGGAAUUCAGCGGGGACUUUAAUCGGCACCAUUUUAGUUCCUGGCGGCGUAGCAAACUUCUGCUUUGGAAAGGAUGGGGAAGUAUUCUUGUGUGCCGAACAAAAGUUUUGGAGAUUACAGUUGGCAAGUACGACAAAAGGCUCGUUACUUGGGAUUUAA